AUGACGCUCCUCUGGGCAGCAAUUCUGCUUUUACUCUCCGCAGCGUGCGUCACGUCCAGUGAUGACAGCGAGGACAGCACACUGGUGGGCCCAACAGACAAUUCUACCCAGGGGGAUGCAGAUGACUUCUUUGAAGGCUCUGGUGGUUCUGGUGUGGAACCUCAAACCGAAUUUCUGGACAACGGCUCGGAGAAGGCCAGACCAGUCCAAGAGAUGAUUGUAAUCACGGGGUGCAUUAUAGCGAUGUUCUGCACAGGAACUCACAACGCUUUCCGGUGGUGA